UGCUGUGUGCAGCUGAGCUGCUGCCGCUCGCUUUCCCGGCAGGCCCUGCUGGUGCCCUGCCAUCCCCCAGCAGCCGCCGCGAUGGCAGGAGGACGGGAGAGAGUCGCUCACUUGCUAAGGCAGCUGCAGCGCGCAGCAUGCCAGUGUCCCGCUCAUUCCCACACUUACUCUCAAGCUCCUGAACAUGCUGCUUUGAGGAGAACAGACUAUGCUUUUGAGAUGGCUGUGUCAAAUAUCAGAUAUGGAGAAGGUGUCACUAAAGAAGUAGGCAUGGACCUGCAGAAUCUGGGUGCUAGAAAAGUUUGUGUGAUGACAGAUAAGAACCUCUGCCAGCUCCCUCCAGUAAAAGCAGUAUUGAAUUCCUUGACAAAAAAUAGAAUCACUUUUCAAAUGUAUGAUGAUGUCCGAGUGGAGCCAACGGAUCAGAGUUUCAUGGAUGCCAUCACAUUUGCUAAAAAGGGGGAGUUUGAUGCCUAUGUUGCUGUGGGCGGUGGUUCUGUAAUAGACACUUGCAAAGCUGCCAACCUGUAUUCAUCCAGUCCUGAAUCGGAUUUCUUAGAUUACGUCAAUGCUCCCAUUGGAAAAGGAAAGUCUGUUACUGUGCCUCUCAAGCCAUUCAUUGCAGUUCCCACAACAGCUGGAACUGGAAGUGAAACCACUGGCAUUGCCAUUUUUGAUUACAAAGAACUAAAAGUAAAAACUGGCAUUGCUUCUAGAGCCAUUAAGCCCACAUUGGGUAUGAUUGAUCCUUUACAUACAAUCCAUAUGCCAGAGCGAGUAGUGGCCAACAGUGGCUUUGAUGUGCUUUGCCAUGCACUAGAAGCGUACACUGCUCUUCCUUACAAGAUGCGCAGUCCCUGCCCUUCAAAUCCAAUCAACCGGCCUGCUUACCAAGGCAGCAACCCUAUCAGUGAUGUCUGGGCUGUCCACGCACUGCGCAUUGUGGCAAAGUAUUUGAAAAGAGCUGUCAGAAUGCCAGAUGAUCAUGAAGCAAGGGCUAACAUGCACCUAGCAAGUGCUUUUGCUGGCAUCGGCUUUGGAAAUGCUGGUGUUCAUCUUUGCCAUGGAAUGUCUUACCCUAUUUCUGGCUUGGUGAAGAGUUACAGAGCAAAGGAUUAUAAUGUCGAUCAUCCUCUGGUGCCACAUGGUCUUUCUGUGGUACUCACCUCCCCCGCAGUAUUUACUUUCACAGCAGAGAUGUGCCCCGAACGGCACUUGGAGGCUGCAGAGAUACUAGGAGCUGACAUCCGCACUGCCAAAAUCAAAGAUGCUGGGCUUAUUUUGGCAGACACGCUCCGGAAAUUCUUAUUUGAUCUGAAUGUUGAUGAUGGCUUAGCUGCAAUUGGUUAUUCUAAAGCAGAUAUCCCUGCUUUAGUCAAAGGCACUCUCCCUCAGGAAAGAGUGACUAAACUAUCACCUCGUCCCCAGACCGAAGAAGAGCUAUCUGCCCUGUUUGAGGCAUCCAUGAAACUUUAUUAGUUUAAAUAUAUUGCACGUUCUUUAAUAAUAAAAACUAGCAUGGUCUAAAUCAGUUCAGAUAAUGAAGGAAAAUGGAACUCUGAUGCUUGUAUUUUACUAUCCGCUGCCAAAAGGUCAGGUAAUUCAUGUUCAGUUCAAUACUAUUUUUGUGAUUUAGGGGCUGAUUGUGUAAUCAAAGGGACUACUCAUGUAAAGGUUGUUGGCUCAGAUCUUAAGCUUUGCAAAGGACUUUCUCUUGCUUGAGAGCUGGAUAAAAAAUGGAGAUAAUUUGUCAUGGACAUUUUUUUAAAAUGUUCAGGAGGUGAAUUUUAUCUUGUAUUUCAAUUUUCUAUGACUAUUUUUGUCUUAAAAAAACCAAAACUAUAAACUGUGUGGGAAAAACAGGCCACUCUUCCUCAGGCAAUAUUCUCAAACACAAAAUUUGAACCUGCUCAAUUCAGAAGGUUCACCUUAUGAUUUUUCUACUAUCUCAUUCAAUUUAGGGCCUGAUAUAUAAAGAUGAUUAACAUCAUGGGUAAAAAAAAUAUAUAACUUUUUAACAAGUGGGAAAAGGUGUCACAAAACUUUUGUUCCACAGUAUUUUUAAAGUGGCUUGCCAGACAUUUUUGCCUUUUCAUUCAGAAGUUAUUCAUGGGAAUAAGUUUGCUUGUUCCGACAGGUUAGCUAACUGAUUACCUGUCAACUGAGAAAGCAAACUGGCAGAAGAGGGAUAAAAUUCAAAUGUAAGUAUUAAAAUCUUUUAAAACUUUCCUGGAUUUUUCACCCUCUGAGCCCCGUUAGGGUAGUGAGUUUUGCUGCCUGCAUAGCAUAGCAUUUGCUGCCUCACGCAACAGUCUUAUACAGAGAAUAUUGGAAAAUAGGAAGAUUAUUUUGAAGAGAUUUUUAAAGUUAUUUCUGU